GUCUAUAUUCUUCUCGAGUCGGAUCACACGCCCUGCUGCUCGCCAGCAGUAUAUCUUCGGAGGAAACCUGGCACUUGGAGGCAGCAUAACGUCACCUCUCCCCGGGCAGCAAUACCAGCAGCGACACCAUGCAAGCCUCACCUUCCCCUUCCCCACCGUCCUCACCGUACCUCUCUUCAGGCUCAUCGGCCUCGUCCAUGACGCCCCCGCCCACGCCGCCCAACCUACACCAGAACUCCAUUGAUCCCGCAGCGAAGUGGCUUGUGCAGAAGUUCGGCGGGACUAGUGUGGGCAAGUUUGCUGUGAAGAUCGCGGAAGACAUUGUGUCAGACUACCUCGAUCAGCACAAAGUUGCAAUUGUGUGCUCCGCGCGCUCUGGUUCUACCAAGGCCCUUGGCACGACCAACCUCCUCCUGAAAGCUGCCUCCCAGUCACUGCAGCGCACGAAAAGCCCAAAUGGCACCGGCACCAACACGCCAAACGGCCUUUUCAACUCAUCUCCCACCCUCAACCAGUCGCCAGCCGGAAGCCCGAGACCACGCAGCAAGUCUUCGCCACGCUCAGACACGUCGUUUGGGGCGCUGGCUAUAACUCCAGCGACCGGCGCGUCGGAGACCUCGUUCAACGCCACGGUAGACCUUCUCCGGUCUGAGCACAUCACCGCCGCACGGUCCAUCGUUCGCGACCCCGAGAUUCUGAACGUGCUUGAGGCAGAAAUAGAGCGAGACAUCGACUCCCUGCGCUCCUUCCUGUUUGCCGCUCAGGUCAUUAAUGAGAUUUCGCCAAGAUCGAAGGACAGUAUCAUUGGCUACGGCGAGCGGUUAGGUUGCAAGAUUGUCACUGCUGUGCUUCGAGAUAGGGGCAUCGACGCCGAGUUUGUCUCACUGGAAAACGUCGUACCUCUGCCGGCCGACGGCGAAGUCUACGAAGAGAACGAGACCCUCGGCCAGGAGUUCUACGACAAAGUCGCUGCCGCCGUCGGCGAGCGCAUCCGGCAAUGCGGCCCACGGGUGCCCGUGGUCACAGGUUUCUUCGGCCCGGUCCCAGGCUCUCUGCUCCGCCAGGUCGGCCGCGGCUACACCGACCUGCUCUCUGCGCUGCUCGCUGUGGGCCUACAAGCGUCCGAGCUGCAGAUCUGGAAGGAGGUCGACGGCAUCUUCACCGCCGACCCGAGGAAGGUGCCCACCGCGCGCCUCAUCCCGAUCAUCAGCCCUGAGGAGGCGGCCGAGUUGACCUACUACGGCAGCGAGGUCGUGCAUCCGUUCACGAUGGAGCAGGUUAUUCGCAAGAAGAUUCCUAUUCGCAUCAAGAACGUCGAGAACCCCAGGGGCGGAGGCACCGUCAUUCACCCCGACCCCGAUAUCGACGCGUCUUGCGCGUCUAAGGAGGCCGAGGCCUUCUCUAGCGUGUCCGCCGGGGCGCAUUCCACGUACAAGGCUCUCGGCGAGCUCCGGCAGAGCAAGAACGCGAGCAUGCCGCUCGGCUGGGACCCGAACAUGCACAAGCACCCGACAGCUGUGACGAUGAAGGAGGGCAUCGUCGUGUUGAACGUGAACAGCAAUCGCAAGAGCGUGAGCCACGGCUUCCUCGCAGGCAUCUUCGGCGUGCUCGACCGCUUCGGCGUCGUCGUCGACCUCAUCAGCACCAGCGAGGUGCACGUCAGCAUGGCGAUCGAGCAGGGCGACGAGCGCCGCUCGCUCGACAAGGUCGUGCGCGAGCUGAGCAAGUACGGCACUGUGACCGUCGCACGCGACAUGGCGAUCCUGUCGCUCGUCGGGAAGCAGAUGCACCACCUCGUCGGUAUCGCGGGGCGCAUGUUCACGACGCUCGGGCAGGGGAACGUGAACAUUGAGAUGAUCAGCCAGGGCUCGAACGAGAUUAACAUCUCGUGCGUCAUCGACGGGCGCGACGCCGUCAAGGCACUCAACCUCAUCCACCAAAGUUGCCUGCAGAUCAUGCCCCAGGGCGCACGCGGCAGAAUGGGCCCAUGGCUCUUUUAGAUUUUGUCGCGGACCACGCAGGCCUGGGCGCGGCGGUCUUUAUAUCCAACUAUAUCGCGCACCGUCUCGUUCGACGGCUCGUUCAACUCGAGCGUCCAAAGGGAGACGUCAGGGGACCCUGUGCCACACGAAUACCCACCUCUGUAUCAUAGUCGCAUAUCAAAAGCUCUCUUCCUUGUGUCAUGGAGCCCUUCUUCUAGAUCGUAUGUAGACGGGUGUUAAGCUAUCAAAAUUAAAUAUUC